AUCGGAUAAACAAUGCGCGCGCCGAGUGCGGAGAAAGCGGGUAAACAGUGUAGUCGGCCGUUGAGUCCGCGCGAGCGUCGCGUCAAGUUCACAGCAAGGUCGUUUCGGCUGUCUUACCAUAAACACGCGAUAACGUCGCGCAUUCCUCACUCAACUCUCGUCAAAAGUGAAUCACGUCGAUAUAAGAAAUAAUGCAGGCAUGGGAGCGACUUAUUUUUCUUACGUUCUUCAUUUAUUUCGCGUUUCAUCGUUUCGUUUACAUUGCUCCGUCAUACCGCGUAUCUAAGAUAUCUAAGAUAAAACCGUGCCGUGAACAUGGGGAGUACCGGAUGAAACGUCGCGCGAUAAUUAUAUCGGGUUAAUUAACGUGCGGUCGUACGCAGUCUGUCAGUCGUCUCGUAUUCAUAUGCGCGUGUCGGUGAAAUAAAGUUGGAACAUUCCGAUGACAAUGGACGGGAUGCGGGCAGCUGCAAUCAGGCCAACGGCGGAGUGGCUGUUGGAGCAGUUCCUGAGACAGCGACUGCGGUGCGAUGACUGCUCAGCGGCCGUUACCCAAUGCACGGCGAUUGCCGAGGGGCGAUAUCCGCAUUUAGAAGGGCAAAAUGAGAGGCGGUGCCGGUGAUGCUCCGUCGAUGGUCACGGUUCCCGCCUCGACGUCUCUUAAUUGUGUGACAGCCGAAGACAACAUAAGCGACGACGUGUUCGAGAUGGAGGACGACCACUCCUCCGUUACGUAUGCCCUUUCCGGUGGCCUUACUCCUGCGAGCGGGGAGCGACGUCCCGACAAGGCACCCUCGCCUACCGGCUACCGGGAUUACAAGCCGCCUGCCGAGGUGCUCAGUAACAAUUACAGCACGACUUUCAGAACAACGAGAGACUUCGACAACGUGAGAAGCGCCUUGAAGAGGGACCAUGAGAAAGAGGAUAAUUUCACGCACAAGACAAUCCUUCUCGGCGAUAGCGGCGUCGGCAAGACUUCGUUAUUGGUCCAGUUCGAUACCGGAAGAUUCCAGCCGGGAAACUUCGCAGCCACCGUGGGUAUCGGCUUUACGAACAAAGUUGUCACCGUCGACGAGACGCCGAUCAAGCUGCAGAUAUGGGACACGGCGGGCCAGGAGAGGUUUCGGAGUGUGACGCACGCUUACUACCGAGACGCUCACGCGCUUCUGCUGCUGUACGACGUGACGAAUAAGACGAGUUACGACAACAUCAGGGCUUGGCUGAGCGAAAUCCGGGAACACGCGAACGAGGAUGUCGUCAUCAUGCUGCUGGGUAACAAGUCCGACUGCGGGACGGAGCGCAUCGUCAAGAGGGAGGACGGCGAGCGAUUAGCGAAGGAGUACAAAGUGCCGUUCAUGGAAACGUCCGCCAAGACUGGCCUCAAUGUCGAGCUGGCGUUCCUCGCCGUUGCACGGGAGCUGAAGGCCAGAAAAAGCGACGACCCGGACGGGACGAAAUUCAACGUUCAAGACUACGUGCGUCAGCAGUCGCAGCGUAGUUCCUGCUUCAAUUCCAGCUGCCUGACAACCUGAACUGUUCGCUCUCACGCUCUCGAGUCCGGGGUAAACGCGAGAGCACGGCUCGCCGUAGGAGACGCGGCGCGCGUGGAUCGUCGUCGCGAGUCACACCAGCGAGGCUCAUCAUUGAUUUCCGCGCGUCCUUCUUCUGUGCACGUGUAACAGCCACGUGGCGCGGGCCACGGUAUACAUUUUGUACGCGACUCGUUGUUGAAAGCUCCUCGGAUCCACAAGUUACAACUUAUGCUCAAGAUCAUCUACCCAACGAGCGGUCCGGCCGAAUGGGACGGCAUAGCGGACGGCGCGCGUUAACGUUCGCGGGAAGGCGUUAUCUCCGCCUCGUCGCCGCGAACAUUGUGAUGAGCGAUGCUGCGGAACGCGAAACCGGGCUCGACGGCUCUCGGGGGGGAUCAUCGGGAAGUGAGCUGAAUUCUUACGCGGCGCGCGGAGUCCCUUGUUAAACGUAAAAGCAAAGACGUGUCAAUGGUUACACACGCACACUGACACACGGUACACGGUAAAAAAACAUUGUUUGUACCUGUGCUAAGAUCGGUUCAGGAAUGUUUGCAUCGCAUUUCCAACAUACCACGGUAUGUUGAUUUAACAUAUUUUGCGUUCACGUUGUCUCGGUAUUUUGCGUCGAGCCGAUAUAUUCAACGUGUUAAAGUAACAUAUUUUAUACCCCCGAUAUUAACAUAUUACGGAUAUUAUAAUUAUAAUUUCAUAU